AGCUACACAGAAAUGAGUAAACACUUUGGAGGAAUGGGGAGAAAAAGAGAAAAACACUCCCAAAAAACUCAGAGUUCAAAAUGAUGUGAUCGUCCAGAGAUUACCCAUAAACUGCUCCAGAUGUGAACCUGAUAUGAGAAGAGCUUCCACACUGAACUACAGCUCUGACUGCACAGCUGCCUACGAUGUCUGCUGAGCUCCUCUCUGUGAGUGAUCCAGGUGGGAAUAAUGGAAAUCCUCAAGACACCUCAGUGGGGGGCACAAAACCUUUACACCGCUUCUUAAAGGGACAACCCAAAAUUAUUGGUACAAUUGUGCUGAUCUUGGGUGCAUCCUUCUUUAUCAUAUCCAUUGCGAUCACGGCAGACUCCCAGAUGAUGCAUAUAUGGACAGUCAUCCCACCAGGCUUCCUGCUGGGGACACUGUUAAUCAUAUGUGGAAUUACAUACAUUUUGGCACAACACAACACCACCAAGAAAACAGUAACCAUUUCGUUAUCUCUGAGCAUUGUCUCCAUACUGGUCGCAUGCUGGACUUUAAUACACAUCCUGCCCGACAUAGAAGCAUAUUCCUACCACCUAGAUUACAUUUAUGAUAAUGGAACCUUUUCAUUUACUGAACCAAUGGAAAAUCGCCAGCUCAUGGGAUUGGCUUUGGAAGCAGUUUUGGUGUUCUACACUUUUGUUGUUGCAGUUAUUUUCAUUGUAAUGUCAGCUCUGGCUGGCAUUGCCCUGCGAUCCACAAAAAGCCAGGCCAUUGUAGUGAUGACUGCUGCAUCACCUGAUUUGUCAGUUGAAUAGCAAGCACAAGAGGACUGUCUGAAGUGUGAAAAAUUAAGAGAAGAAAUAUAUAUAUACUGUAUAAACAAACCAUUUAGUUUUGCUGAAGGGGCAGACUCAAUACAUCGUUUUGAAAUUGCAUGGUGUAUGGCCUAACAUAAACUUGAUAAAUCAAUAAGGAACAAAUCAAUAAUCUGUUUCAUACAAGUAUGGUUCAUAUUCCAUGUCACAUGCUAAUACUAUCCUUAAUAAACCAAAUUUAUGUACAAAUGUAUUUACUGGUCCAAUUUACCUUAAUUAAUUAGAUACUGCCAUUUAAUUCUGUUGGGGCACCUCCCCAACUGAGUUUUAGCAGAUAUUCUGAUGGUUCCUUAUAAAAUUAAUACAAUUAAUUAAUUGCAUUAUUGCAUGUGUUGCACCUUUUUUCAUAUUUCCCUACUAAUUGUAUUUGUUUGUAAUGUGUGCUGAUAUAUGUGUGUUUGUAUGUUAAUAAAGAAACAGAAAGGAGAUAGAAAGGAUGUUUGCAAGAAAGACACACACACACACAAAUAUUUUUAAGGUAUCGUAACAUUUUUCAUGAAACCUUUUAAUGCAGUUAAAGUACAAUGUUACAUUCUUAUAAUAUUAAAGUUAAAUG